AGUUUCGAUUUCGUUGAGUGGCGGCACUGAAUGUAUGCAUUGAAAGAACCAAAUUGCUUGUCUCUUUGUUGCAUUAUCAUAUUUACAUUUUCAUGUCGAGAAUACUCAGCUUGUGUUUCUUUGAAAUAGUCUUAUUCAUAAUAUGGCUAAGACAAAAACGAUUAGCAAAGGAUGUCCCAAGUGCGAGCAGCAGGUACCUGUUGCCUGCAAAGCCUGUCCUUGCGGACAUUCGUUUUUCAAUGCACGUCGUAAUUCCAUCAAGAGUCCACCUAGUCCCGAUGGUGGUGUUAUGAAGACAAGGAGGACAAAUCGUGUUAAACGGGAGAAGCCAAAUUAUUACGACGCUCUGGAAUACGAUAAACAGACGAAAAAAAAUACCAAGAUUAGACGGACUACAGAUACCGCAAACGAUAUCGAUUGCCGACAAUUGAACAAAAAGAAAAAGAGAAAAGGAAAGGGAAAGGGUAAGAACGGUAGCAGCAGUGGUAUGGGUGAUGAUGACGACGAAAUGGAUGGAAUUAAUGGGUUGUCUCCAGAGAAACAACUCACGUGUUCUCUCAUAUUACAAGAGCUGAACAAUAAAAUGAGAAUGGUAGCUUGGAAACCUAUGUGAAUUGUACAGAGACGUAGAUGCACGUGCAUCUGUUCAAUGGUUUGUCAGUUUGACAUGAUUCCUUUGCACUGCGUCCGUGGUAAGACGCAAGUGAGAUGAAGUUAACGUCGCUUGAUGCGUCGUACGCGUUGGCUGCAUUAAUGGAAGGCGUCAGAAAUUUAAGUGAGUGGAAUUACAUCAGUUUCAGUCCCUCUGUGGAAAUGAUUAAUUGCUACGAAGGAGUCCGACUUGUGUAAUAUCGUUUACACCACUGCAGCACUGAUGGAUUAUUACUUCUCAUUGUGAUUAACAAUUGUGAUAUUAUUUUGAAACUAUCGUACGUCUAUAUAGGAUAUAUAGAUUUGCUAUCUCCUAGAUUAUUCUAUAUAUUAUUCUACGUUCUAUUUAGCUAAAUGUGACUGAUUGUCUUUAAUCCUUCCGUCUUUUACUACACAUUUAUAUACGAAGAAUGUCUGCAAUAAAAGAAUGUUCAAAGUAAUA